UUAAAAGUCAUCUGAUUGGACAAUACUUCAUAUACUUGAUAUAUGUUUUGUCAAUGCUACCGAGCGCAAAGUGAGUGAGUUUUUAAUUAUUUGGAGUUGGCAUAUAGACGUUUAUUUUUUCUUGUUAAGACCCUGCGCGGUCAGACUUUCACUCUCAUAUAAUAAUGAGUUUCCACUUUUAGCAAAUGCAACCUAGAAGUGCUUUCUCCUUUUAAAAAGCACGACGCGAUGUUAUGUCACACUAUAACCUCGCUUGCGUAAUUAUCUUUUUAGUCGUACAGGGUCAAGCACUGGUUUGUAAGUUGAGUACACGAUCCCACACGCAAGGUGUAUGGCCAGGCAAUAAUAUCACCCUUAACUGUAGCGUUAUCCUUAAUGGCCCGGCAGAGAAGUUUAUCUGGAGGAAAAACGGUCAUCUUCUAAGCAAUUCUACCAUUGUAUACCCGUCAUACACACCUCAACUGGGCUACUGGGAAGAUCUGGUUAUAAGCAAUGUUCAACUGAAAGAUGAAGGGAGCUAUAGCUGUACAGCCAUCCAGGGGAACUCUCAAGACGAAGAUUGGUACACCGUUAAUGUUUAUGUCAAGCCACGUAUCACCCAUCCACGCCAGUUCUACGUGGAACUAUCAAGGGGCGACCGAGCCGUGGUAAGGUGUAAAGCAGAUGGCUGGCCCCCGCCGUACCUCAGAUGGUACAAGGAGGGAAUGCCACUCUCCCCCCACAGCAAGAUAGAGGAGGUUUCACUACACAUCACAUUCGCACGCCAAAGUGACCAAGGGAUGUACUACUGUAGGGCUAAUAAUACAGUUGGAUCGGAGAUCCGUCCUAUCUUGAUCAAGAUGAAACAAGGCUUUCGUCAGAGGGUGAGCAUGCAUAUUGCACAGUUGAGCAGUGAGACUGUUUACGUGGGAGGAACUAUCAAAUUGGCUUGUACAUGCACCGGCAUCUUGCUGAAAUACACCAAGGUCAUAUGGAAGAAAGAUGGCGCAGAAGUGACGAAUAGAUCGAGAGCUCUAAUCGACAAGAACUCUUUAAAUCCAGGACAGAUCACUUAUACUGUUACGGUCAAUAAUGUGACAAGAAAAGAUUCAGGAAACUACACCUGCGAGCUACAGACGGAGAGAAGCCAUGACGUCGCCACGGCGAGGAUAGAAGUCAGGCAAAAAGUUACUCCGAGGGUAAAAGCAAAGGAUCAUUACGUCGCUACCCGUCUUGGUUCAACUGUUUCUAUCUCUUGCACUGCAUCGAACGUAAACCUGGAAUUUGAUACAACGAAAUGGACUCGGAACGGGACGGAAGCGUCCGUGCAGCAGUCACAGCGAUUCCAUACACGAGAUCUGUAUUCAUAUGAGGGGUCCAUGGAAUCAACACUGAUCAUCAAAGGUGUCAGAAUACAAGAUUUCGGAUGCUACAAAUGUACCGUGGCAACGUCAAAUGGUCUUGGGUCAUCGUGGGUGUGUCUCUUGCAAGACCUAGAAAGUGAAAUAGCUGACACGCGGCACUCGCGCUCCCAAGACAAGUGGUUCUGGCACACCGCUAUUCUCAUAACACUCGUCUGUGUCGUAGCCUGUACGGUCGCCUUUAUUGUAUUCCUCUUUCAUAAAAGUAGAAGGAAGCGUAGCAGCGGAUUUUUGGGUGGGCCAGAUCUACAUCUCAAGGACAGUUUCACGUAUGACGUAUUCAUCACAUUCAGCAACAAGGACCUCGACUGGGUGAAAACAGAGUUGAUCCCACUGGUAGAGCGACACAACCUGAACUACUGCAUACACAGCCGAGACUUCGAGCCGGGACGAACAAUAGUAGACAACAUGGCAGACAGCGUUUACAGAAGCCGGACAGUUCUGGCCGUCCUGUCCGAAAACUAUAUGUCCAGUGAGUUCUGUCGCUGUGAACUAAGCAUGGCCCUGUGUCGGGAUGAGGUGAUGAAGGACUCGUCCGUGAUUGGGAUAAGGGUGGACGGGAUUGAAAUAAAGAAACUCCCGCGAGCGAUACGGGACAAGACGCUACUGGAUUACCACGAAACUAAGGAGCGAGCUCACUGGCAGGCGAGGCUAGCCAAACAGCUAACCUCGGUCACUGGGAAGACAAAAACUAAUCCACAACACAUACGAUACUUUGUUGAGUAGUGCCUUUACGUGCCAGCGUUCAGGCAAUUACGUGCCAAAUACAGCCACCCGGGGGGGGGGGGGGGGGGGGGAUCAGGGUAAAAUAUUGAUCGUUGAGUAAGCUUUAUGGAUAGACCUUGUCUAACUGUCUUAUAGUGCUCUAUUUCAUCUUUGGGAGAUGGUACGCCUCCUCUUGAUCUACACACUUUAUUUACGUGUAGAUUCAUUGACUCGUACAAUACCAACUCGAUGUGAAAACGCUGUUGGCCAAUAAAGUAGAUAGAUGUCAUGAAACGUUCAUAAGGCCAUAAAGGUAGAUAUAUAUCAGUAGAUGAUAUUGUAAUAAAAUUCACAUGGCCUGUAGUUACGGAGAAAACAUGGGGUAAAAGACGUGUAGAUUCAAAGAUUCAAGGCAGGUAUAUAAUGCCACCUCUUGACUUGUACAAUACUCUUUAUUCAUUUAAUAUACAUAUAUACAAGCUAUUGCUAGAUGUUUUUCAUAACUUUGCCCAAAGUAUGUUUUUUUCUGUUGUUUUUUUUUUUUUUGGCAAAUUUAAAUAUUCAAUAAACACCAUUACUCUUU